AUGGAAUUCAGAGAAAAUCUUUUACCGCUGACGGGCGGUCACGGUUCCGCCAUGGCCGGUAUGUACGGACCUUACGGGCCCAGUCCUUACCCCUACGGGCUGUACUACAACCCCACCCUGGACCUGAACCGCGCCUACGCCCUGAGGAUGUUGGAAGAUCUACAGAGACGGGACCAACCUCAGAAACCGCCGUAUUCGUACAUCGCGCUGAUUGCCAUGGCGAUUAAAAGUGCGCCGGACAGAAAAGUGACUUUGAACGGAAUUUAUCAGUUUAUUAUGGAACGGUUCCCUUAUUACCAUGACAACAAGCAAGGGUGGCAGAAUUCUAUCAGACAUAACCUCAGUUUGAACGACUGUUUCAUCAAAGUUCCGCGGGAGAAGGGCAAACCCGGAAAAGGCAAUUACUGGACCCUGGAUCCCAAUAGCGAGGAGAUGUUUGAAAACGGAAACUACCGACGUCGGAAACGGCGAGUGAAGAUGACGGCGGGAAAAGUCGAAGACGCGUCGAGCGAAAAAUCGGAAAGCGCGGAAUCCGGAAUUUCUUGUGAUGUCGAUAUCAAUCGCAACCACGGUGACGUCGACGAUUUCCUCGGCGACGAAAGUGACGACGAAAUUGGUGUUGUAGCUGCCGAUAUCACAAGCAAUGGUAGGGGGUGUACGUUCGACCACGAAGAUUCGUCUGGUUUCAGCGAGUCUGUGGAUACGACACGUGACUCUGAGCUCCACUUCCCUCCCACCCCGCCGGGGGGCUUUCUCCAGGGCAGGGUGUCAAUACCGCACCCGUCAUCAUCACCACCACCACCACCACAACAACCAACACCACUCCCUGGAAGUCGAUCGCGUGCAAGUUUCACCAUUGACAGUAUAAUGGGAACCAGAUCCGUCUCCGUUGUUAAUUUCACUAACAAAUCAGUUUCGGGUGUCGGUUUCGACACUUCGAAAGAAUCGCUCAAAACAAUUAAAAUUGAAACUGAUAGCAACGAGACGGGCGAAAACGACAAGAAAAGGACGAAAUUUGACAUUUUCGAUAAGAUCCCCAGCCCACCACCGAAAGUGAUCGAUUUAAAAACGACGUCAGCACUCUCCGUCCCGUUGUCGUUGUUUCCGCAGAUUAGCGACGGCUCCUUCAACUUCGCCAGGUCCCUGCUGUCCGGGACACCCUCCGGACAGUCGCACGGACACGUCAUGGGACCCAGAUCGGGGUCGCUACCGACGUUUCCCAUUUCUUUAGGGAUGCAUGGCAUCGCGAGUCUGAACCCGAAUCGGCCUAAACCGAUGCAUAUUUCAUUUCCGUAUUUCACGAACUGUCUGUGGAAUGGCGGGCCAUCUUCGUCUUUAUUGCAUUGA